UGCAUGGAAGAGGAAGGAAUUGAAUUAUAUUGAAUUUGUGCAAUUGCCAUUGCUGCACAUGCUUUUGUUUCUGUAAAGUCAAUCAAAAGAAGAAGAUUACAACCUCUCUCUCUCUCUCUCUCUCUCUCUCUCUCUCUCUCUCUCUCUCUUUCUCUUUCUCUCAAAAUCAUCAUUGAAUGCUCAUUUACCACCUUACCAUACUAAGCACAAGAGCCAUCUAUCCAUUCAUAUCCCUUUUGCAUCAUCAUUAUCAUCAUCUUUCAUUGCAUUUACUCCAAGAAAACACCUCCUCAUCUUUUCCUCUUCUCAUCUUCUCCUUUUCAAUCUCAAAAAGAUGUCAUCUUGCAUGAAGAUCUGGUGAGUUUUCUGUCCUCUGUUUUUUUUUUCUCUCUGUUUCUCUGUUCCUCUGUUUUCUGUUUCUCUGUUUCUUUGAUGGAAUUAUGAGUCUUGGAAAGCCACCAUUACCAUUCUUCCAAUCCUUAUCAUCUCCACCACCACCACCACCACCACCACCACCUUUCACAAAUUCCCAAAGCAACAGCAUAGAAAACAAGAUCAGUCCAAGCAUUCUGCUCAUCACUGUAAUCUUAGCAGUCAUCUUCUUCAUCUCUGGUUUGGUUCAUCUCCUUGUUAGAUACCUUCUCAGGCCUAUAAAUAGAGAACCAGAAGAGAUUGACAAUGUGACAGUCCUCCAAGGCCAACUACAGCAGCUCUUCCACCUCCAUGAUGCAGGAGUGGACCAGUCUUACAUUGACACUCUCCCAAUCUUCCUCUACAAAGCCAUUAUUGGCUUGAAGGAUCCUUUUGAUUGUGCUGUUUGUUUGUGUGAGUUUGAAGCUGAUGACAAGCUAAGACUUCUCCCCAAAUGUAGCCAUGCUUUCCAUCUUGAAUGCAUUGACACUUGGUUGUUGUCCCACUCUACCUGCCCUCUUUGUAGGAGUUCUCUCCUGCCUGAAUUUUCCCCAAGUUGUAGUAGUCCUAUGCUCCUUGUUCUUGAGUCUGCUAGUGAGAGCUCUAGAGAGCCUGAUUCUGAAAGGAUUGAUGUUGGAGAUGAUGAAUUGAGGACUUCACUUAGUGGUGAUGUUCAUGUUAAUCAAAAACAAGCUGAAAUUGAUGCCAAGGAUGAGGUUGUGACAGUGAAACUUGGAAAGUUUAGAAAUGUGGAAACUAGUGGAGUUGCUGCAAUUGGUGAAGGUGAAGGUUGUAGCAAUGUGGAAACCAAUAGGAAUUUGGAUCAAAGGAGAUGUUUCUCUAUGGGUUCAUUUGAGUAUGUUAUGGAUGAGAGUUCAUUGCUGCAAGUGUCCAUUAAGUUAAGCAAGAAAAGGCCGGCAGCAAUUCAGAAACCCGGUCACCGGGGAGCAAUGUCCGAAUGCGAUUGCCAUUCGAGAAGAGAAGGAUUCUCCAAAGCUUUCGAUCAUUCAUCGAGAAGUUUCGAAUCAAUUCAAGGCAAUGCAGGUGGUGGUGUUGGCAGCAGUAGCAGUAGCAGUAGCAAUAAUUUGCAGAAAAAAGAGAGCUUUUCGAUAUCGAAAAUUUGGCUGAGACAGAAAAAGAAAAGUUCUGUAGUUUCCGGUGAUUUUUCGACUCGUGCAUUCUCAUUUAGAUUGUCAUUGGUUAGAGGUGUAACCGGGGACUCGAAGAUGAAGAGCAAUGUUUCGGAGCCUGAUGAGUUGCAGAAGAGUGGAAGUAGUGAAUUCGGUGUCGAUGUAGAGAUUGGAAGUAGUAAUUCUGGUGCUGUUUUGAAGGCAGAAGAAGGUCCUUCAUUUGCUAGAAGAACAUUGCUAUGGUUAGGAGGAAGACAGAACAAAGUAGUGAAUCAUGUCUGAAAUUAAUUAGAGUUUUGAAAUUUUGGUAUUUGUUGAUUACACAUAUGAUUUAGCAGAAAUCUUUGAUGCUUUUCUUGAUAAUUUCUGCAUUGAAUUUGAUCAUGAAUGCAAUUCUAUUCACA